AUGAAGGAUUGGUCGAAUCAGGCUGUUUUCUCCGUCCUUGGUUAUAAUCAUGAAAACGAGAAUAAACACAAACUCAUUGGCAAAGUGGCAUUUCAUGUGCACAAAUUAGUCAAGGUUGGUUUGUAUGUAUCUGUAUAUUCGUUAUUGGUAAAACCUUAAGUUUAUAUAGCCUAACGAUACAAAAUUUCGUGGAAAUCUGUAUAAUAAAUUGAACGAAAACAACUACAAGCACGACAAUUUUAGGCUUGUAUACCCAGUCAAAAUAUUUGUGGUUUUCGGUUGCAGAAUUUACUGACCACACCUCAGCCAAUUGCUAACAUGGCGUGAUUUUUUAAAAUUGAUAAAUAUAGAGCAUAUUUAAUAACACAACAUUGGAAAACCCUCAAUACUCCCAAAUCAUUACCUUUAACACCUUUCAUUUCAGAAUUUACGUACAUCUGCAUUCAUUUAAAAAUUCCAUGCCCAGUUCCUUAUAUAACUAUAAUUAUUAUAUACACAAGGUCUGGAUAUGAGGUAUUCUGCAUUCUGAUUGGUUCUCUACUAGCAGGAUAUUAGCUCAUAUCCUGCUACUAGAGAAAAACAAAAUGGCGGCCAAACUGAAUUUACGAUGUUUUGCAAACGAGAAAACGGCAAGUUGUCGCUUUUUAUAGCCUUCACAGGAUUAAAAACACAAUGAAAAAAACUCCCACAAAUUGGUUUCAGGUUAGCAAAUAAAUUUUUAAAAUUUAAAAUGGUUAAAAAUAUAUAUUUUUGAAAAAAUAAUCGGCCGAAAGAGCGAAGAUAAAAACAUAAACAAAAUAGAAAAAUAUUGAAAAUAUCCGAAAAGCAAAGUCUGUGAAUUCAGACCUUGUGGAUAUAAUAAAACAGUUAUUCUACUCACUCUCGUCGAAUAUGAGCGAUAGCCGAUUCGGCGCUACGCGCCUCAUCGGCUAUCAGCUCAUAUUCGACUCGAGUUCGUAGAAUAACUGUUAAACAUUCAGUUUGGUGGUUUCAGAACAUUGUUCGAUAACCUUUUAUCAUAUCGAGCUGGGUACAGCGCAAGUUCGCACCUACGCAUUAGUACCUGGAAUGUUGAUAUUAUUUUGAUAAAUGGAUGGAAUUUUAUCAUUCUUUGUUAUCUGUUUGUUGUUCACAGAUUGGCUGGUCAAUGGAUAAAUACGAAUUGACCAAUAGGAAGAAACAGGUACUAACUUGAAUUGUCUGUGCCAGUGUAGGUAGUGACAAUAUUAACAAGCUUUCGUUGGUAGGGAUGCAACUACCUGAAAAAUAUAAGGAGAAUUUUGACGUUUCGAGCAAAGGGCUUUUGUCUGGAUUUACUACUGGGCGAUCGGUAAAUUACUUGAGCUUUUAUACUAAGAAUAUUAAAGCAUCACGUACUUGCCUAAAUAGCACAAGUAUUUCCAUUUUGUAACGUACGGUUUCAUUGCCAUACUGUCUGUACGUAGAGUAGUAUUAUCAUAGAGUGUCUUACGUACUGUAUAAAAGUAAUAGAAACAUGAGAAAAGUUUCAAAGAUUGAAAUGUUUUAUUUCUUUUUAUACUUCUAGAAAAUUGGGACUGCAGAACUAGAGUUUGCAUUUUCUUAUGGUUUAUUUGGAUAUGGGUUUUCUGACCAG